AUGUCGCCGAUCCCCGUGGCUGUGCUCGGCUACGGCAAUUCCGCGCGUACAUUUCAUAUCCCGUUUCUGCAGUCGCUGCCGGAGCUCUAUGCGCUAAAGAUUGUGCUGCAGCGGCCUCGUUCGGAGGGCUCGACGUCGCCAAAUGCCACUGCCGACCUGCCGGACGUGCAGGUGGUGCCAGACAUCGAUGCAGCGCUCGCCGCAUUGCCAGAGAACGGCCUGGUGAUUAUCACGACCGACAACGCGUCGCACUUUCCGUACGCGGAGCGCGCGCUGAAGGACAAGAAGCAUGUGCUCGUCGAGAAGCCGGUCGCCCUCGACGAAAAGGCCGUUGAUCAGCUCGCGGAGCUCGCUCGGUCCAUGGGCAAGGUGUGCACCGUCUACCAGAACCGCCGCUUUGACGGUGACUACCUCACGCUCAAGUCGCUCCUGCUCAACGAUCCGGCCUCGCCGCCGUCGGCACUGGGACUGCCGACCUACUGGGAGUCGCGCUUCGACCGCUUCCGCCCGAUCGCCAAGGGCGGCUGGCGCGAGAGCGUCGAUCCAGAGUCCGAGGGCGGCGGCAUGCUCUGGGACCUUGGCGCGCACUUGGUCGAUCAGGUCGUGGCGCUGUUUGGGCCCCCAGAGACUAUCUUUGGUACACUGCGCAACCAGCGCGGCCAGGGGCCGCCAAACGUCGACGACGACUGGAUGGCCAUCCUGACUUACCCCAGCAGCCAUCCGCUGCCGGGCGACGCCUUUGCACCGGGCACGCGCCUCGGUGGCCUCCGUGUGGUCCUCGGCGCGACGUGCCUCUCGACGCACACCGACGCCCAGCAGCCCCGCUUCCGCGUCGAAGGUACGCACGGCUCGUACAUCAAGACGGGCACGGACCCGCAGGAAGGCCAGCUCAAGCUGGGAUGGACGCCGCGCACGCACCCCGACACGUUUGGCGUGUACGCCGAGGACGAGCCGGCGGCCUUGCGCCUCGCGCGCCUCACCACCUCGCAGGUGGAUAGCGAGGAGGUCACUGCCACGAAGCCGCCCAAGCUGGCCGUCGGCGAGAUCCCAAUUCUUCCAGGACGCUACAUUGAUCUCUACACGAACCUCGGCGAGACGAUCCUCGCUGCGGACCAGAGUGCAUCGCCCAAGGAGGCCGCAGACACGAUCGCACAGCGCCUCGCCAUCUCGCUCGAGCAGGUGUCGGCCUCGACGCGCGUCCUCCGCCUGAUCCGCACCAGCGCCAAAGAGGGCCGCGUCGUGCGCUUUGCCGAAUAG